CGCAAGACAAGGAAAAGGCUGAGGAGAGGAACUGGCAACUUCGCUUCUCACUUCCAUUCCCAUCUCCAUUUCUUCCCAACGUAUCAACAAACCCCAGAACCAUUACUCGUUCUAUUUUAUUCUAAAACACCAACACUAAUACUAUCAUCACCCUCGCAUACGCAACCCGCAAACAAUCUGCGCGCAAUCUGGUUUUCGGCACAGUCAUCAUCAAUCAAUCCCCACCUCCAUCUCCCUGCCAAACAUUGAUAGUCCAGCCGAAUUGUCCUUUCGCGAUGCGCCGUUGAUCAAUCCAGACGACUUGACCUUGAACCUCAAUUUCUCGCGACCCCUUGCGAACACCCUCGUUUUUGGCAAAAGCCACAACCACCUACAAUGGCGUCUCCUGCCUCUCUUGCCGCGACGUCUGAGGUCGAUCCUCCCAGCUCACCCGGCCAGCCCGAAGCCAAGUCCUUUGUCUCGCGAGCCAUGACCGAGGAUGACGAUACUCAGAUGGCCAAUGCCACUCCCGAUCCUCAAGAAAAAUCGUCGCGAGGUAAAACGAAAUCAUCACAAAAUAAGGACGUCGCAAACCAACCGACGAUCGGCAAGAUACGCCAUCUAAAGAAGGAAGAUGGCGAGCCUCUCUGGAGAGAAGACAUUCAAUAUGACUUCCUCAAGGCUGUGUUCGACAAUGAGCAGUGUGUUUUUACCAAUUCAUAUGAGCCCAAACGACUCCAGCGUCAAUGCUUUGCCGACCUGUAUAUCGAUACAAUGUCCCGCAGCUCAAAGACUAGCAAGGUGCUUCGCGACAAACUGCUAAGUGAUAGAGAAGCCGCAAAAGGAAUGGCUAUGGUGUGUCUUCUUGUCAACAUGGGCCGAAUGAACACCACUCUGAAUUUCUUUCCUGAGAUGAGAGCUCAGCUCCGUACAUACCAUGCCAUCCCGUCACUUCAAGCUCGCCAGGAUCCUCAUGCCUACAAGCAGCUUCAGGAUGCACCUCGUCUUAAGUCUAUUCUAAAAGGUGGCGCAGAAGAUCGAGAGGAACCCAACUCUCUCGACAAAAUUAAGCAGUUGGACACUCCUCGCACAAAUCCUGUCAAUCUUAUAUUUGUCAUGUGCAACACAGCUCAGAAAAUCGCCGAGCUUCACUUUCCUCGCCACCGCGAACUCCACGACCUGAUCAUGAGGACUGAAUACACGAGCAAGUCGAGAGCGAAUGCAUUCCUCUGGCUUAUGUGGUUCUAUCUUGAAUCCGAUUUCACGGAAGAAGGCUGCGAGGAGAACCCUUUCGGGCCCGGGGUCGACUACGGGCUAGAUGUUGCAAACCAGGGCGUGCCUGAGCUCGUGGAGAUGACCCCAGAAGAGAAAGCAAAAGAAAACGUAGACACUGAAGAAGAGAUUGAAUUUGGACGCUCCAAACAGAAGAUGAGGGCGAAGAUUCUUGAAAUGGACCAGGCUCUCCUCAAUGAAAGAGACACCAAGAGAGGCAAAAUGCGGCCAUCUUUCGCUGAUGAGGGUCCAGCCAUCCUCCCCCGCAUCAGGCCCUCGAAACAUGAGUCUGACAUGGAUAGCACGCGAUCAACACCUCCGCCUAGGGGGCUUGGUCGCGGUCUUACCUCGAAUCGUAGAGGCGCACCCCUCAAGUAUCAGAUCUUUGAGGGCUCAUCUCCGGCACAUAAUGUCAAUGAGGGUGUUGUUGCAAGAAAACCCCGCCCCCCAACUGCCCAUCAACUCGCUGUUGAGCGAAACAGGAGCCAAAGGGUCGAGUACAUUCUUGACCGUGGUCUUCGGCGCCAACACCACAAGAGUCGAAAACUCAGGCGACAGGAUGGUGCCGUUUUCAGAGCCUAUCAAAGACUACAGGUCCAAGAAGAUCCCUUUGAAGAUAGCGAUGAUGAAACUUCAACUCCUCGGAACCUAACAUACGGAGAUAAGACUCCAGGGCCAUUUAGAGAGAAGGGCGUAGGUGGUCUUUGUCUUCUUACAAAGGAGAAGGAUGACUUUGGCGAAGAAGUUAGUGCCUACGCGGGGGCGUUGAGACGGGCGACAAGACGUCUAGCUCGUUGGGGUCCACGGUCAUCGGAACUUGGUGUCAUUGCCCCAGUCAAGCGACCCAGACCAAAGAAGCCGGAAGAGGACGAUGCAGAUCUUGAUCUGGAUGACGAUAUGGAUAAGCAGAACGGUGAUCUGAACGGUGAUGCUAACGGUGAUGUUACACUUGGGGAUGUCACAGUGGGAGACAUGACGGCUGGUGACAUAACCAUGGGAGAUGUCACAAUGGAUGAUGCCGAGAUUGAAGAUCAGACAGUUCUUCACGACGACGAAGACGUGGAUGAUGCCGAUAGGACAGAGGUCAUGGGAGAUUCAGACGUGGAUUAGAAACCAACAGGAAGAAGGCGGCAUGUGUAACUCUACUUGGAAGGCAUGAAGGAAUGUUUAGCGAUUUACAGAAGCUAUCGCGGCGGGAUUGGGAUUGGGAUUGGAGUUGGUCUUCUUUGCUAUUUCUUCCCCAGUUUUGAGGUGUAAUUGUACGGCGUUGAAGAACCACGCAUACACAGAGGUUGCGGUGAGGAACAAAGGGGAAAAGCAAUGCUUUUUUUCUUUGAUGGUUUGCAAAGAUAGCCAAUAGAUUCAUAUAUUUGAC